GGUAUAGGGAACUCAUUCAGUGUCUUGCAGCUGUCAAAGGUUUCACUCUGAAGAAUGGAAGAGUUCUGCAUUAACGACCCAUCACUGGACAUGUGCUAUGAUAACAGCAACACCUUCGAUGACUAUGACUAUAUACAAGCAAGAGUCAUUAUAUAUGUGGUGACAUGCAUAAUCAUCUCUUUUGGACUUCCUUUGACCCUCGUGGCCAUCUAUGCUCUUUGUUCUCUGGUGGGAAAGGAUAAUGUUGCUCCGAUCUACGUCAUCAACCUUCUCAUUUCUGACCUCAUUCAGCUCUGCUGCAUGAUCGGUUUUGUGGUUCAAUCUGAGGACCAGAAAAUAAAUCAAAUAGGCGGUCGCAUUUAUGGCUCUAGUCUGAUGGCCAGUGUUGGCUUCAUGGUGUGCAUCGCCCUGGAAAGGUAUUUGGUCAUCGCCUGCCCACUGUGGUACCGCUUCAGACGAACCAUCAAGAUCUCCGUGGGGGUCUGUGUCCUGGUCUGGAUCCUUUCUCUCGUCUAUCUCGUCACUCUGGUUUUCUGUGGUUUUUCAGAGGUCACAGGCACCAUCUUAGCCACAUUUUUCCUCCUUCCCCUCCCACUGCUCAUAUUCUUUCUGGUUGGGACCCUCAAAGCCCUGUCUGCUUCCAUCUCAGUUCCAGCUGACGAAAAACGACGAAUUGUGGGAAUGUUGGUCCUGGUGCUGCUUAUUUACAUGCUGUUGUUCCUGCCCAGAAUCAUAUUGUUUCUGAAAGAGGGAAACCGAUAUGACAUUACCCUCACUGACCUGUCUUCUGUGUUUGCAAGGUUAUUUCCUCUUGCAGACUUAGUUCUGUAUGUUUUCAUGAGGAAAGGGGCCAUUUACAAGCUUUUGGCCUCUGUGUGUUGUUGCAGAAUGGACAGCAAUGAUGUCAGCAGUUCAAAAACAAUGACUGUA